GCUUUGUUCUUGUUUCCCGAGCUGUGUAUCCCAUGGAGGAGGAGGACAGGGAGUUGCUGGAGGCGGUUUACCAGGAGGAUUUCGUGGCGCUGGAUGGCGCUUGGCGAAUCCGCGUGGAGCUGGGCUGCGUCUUGGUGCUGCGCCUGGGUGCAAAGUACCCGGAGGAGGCGCCGGAGGUGGCCCUAGAGCUGGAGCCAUGGCCGGCGCACGGGGACGCCUUGGUGCGGCGCCUGGAGGACUUGCGGCCACUGUGGGCCGGCGACUGCCUCCAGUGGGUGGAGAGCGUCAUCGCCGAGUGCAAAGCCGCAAGAGACGCGUCCGAGUGCAAAGCUGCGACAGAAGCGGAGGCUCCAGAGCCCGAGGCCAGCAGUGUGCCGCUCACCGCGAGCACUGCCCGCGCCGCGGAGCGGUCACUGCUGGAGGCGGGCUUUGCCGCGUGCGGUCCAGGCCUUUUCUCCGCGAGCGACCGCGGGGUGACGGUGGAGCUGCAAGAGGAGCUCACUGUCACGGUUGACGGGGUGGACGCGGAAGAUCUCGGGGAUUGGUCCGCGAUGCAACUCAGCGCAGACGCCGAGAACUUCGGCUCCCGGCUUUUGGAGUGGGUCGCGGCGCAGCGCUCGCCCGAGCCAGGUUUCCUGGAGGAUGCGGAGGAGAGCAGCGGCCCGGACUUCCUCCCCAGCCCCGAGGAGCUGGGGGUGAAGCGCGACAGAGGACUCCUGGUUUACACCUGGGGCAAGGCGCUGCGCAAGCAUGCCCCAGGCGACAGCGAGCACAACUUCAAUGCUGGGAUUCUGAAUGGCCGGGGAGGGGGUGCAGAUUUGAAGUCCAUGAAUGGCCUGUGGGACGAGGUGCAGAGUAAUGUGGCUUCCUGUGGGCUGUUUCCGAGAUGGAUUUCCAUGGUUUGUGCCAAAGUGGAGCAUUCUGACCUGAAAUGCAUCUCCAUCAACUGCACAAAGGGAAGGCAUCGAUCUGUGGCUGCAGCCGAGAUCCUCAAGAAAACCUACUACCCACAAGCUACAGUGAAGCACCUCACCAUUUACUGAUCGCAGUUGAGAAAGGAUGA